CUUCGCCCAGCAACAGCGUGCUGCACCCCGGGCCGGGUCGAGCUGAGAUGGCCGAUUUACCAGCACGACCAACCCCAGGGCUUCCGCCUCUAGCUCCAGGUUGGACGGAGCACAAAGCACCUUCAGGUCAUAUGUACUAUUACAACAGGGAAACUGGAAAGUCUACCUACAUGCGCCCGAUCCUCGAAAUAAAUUCCUUCAACAACCUACUCGCCGCACCAGCUGUUCCUCUCGGUCCCCCAGGCACGUUUGCAAAUUACCAUCCCUUCGAUCCCCUUGCUGCGCCGACCCAAUUCAAUCCAGAUCCACAGCAACAAUUUUUCCAACAUGGUGGACAUCAACAACACAAUUUCCCCCGCGGCGGGUCACAUCACCGAGGCGGGCACCGAGGAGCCCACGCCAACUUCCCAGACAGGCGGCGGCAACCAGACGAUCGACCAAAGCACCGCCAAGACAUCCCAAAGUGUGCGCCUUGGGUUCUCGUAAAGACGAAGCUUGGUAGGAGAUUUGUAUGGAACAGGGACACCAACGAGAGCUUCUGGAAAUUUCCACCGGACGUCAUGAAAGCCGUGGUAGAUUUCGAUCGCAUAGAGCGGGAAAAGAAGGAACGGAGGGCGCGUGGAGAACCAAGUGAUGACGAGGAUUCCACAAUGGUGGAGGCGGAGGCCGAGAUUGCUGCUGCUGAGAGAGAUAUUGAGGUGGAAAUGGCUGACGCUGAGGGUGAUGCGAACAUGGAAGGCGAUGACGAGUAUGAAGAAGUGGAAGUCACCGAUAAUGAGGGAGACCAUGUGGAAAGUCCUUCCAAACGACAGCGAACCGAAGAACCACCCGAGGACCACCCCUUAGAGAUGGGCGAGGAUGACAUGGCUUGGCAAUUAGCCGCAAUGGAAGGUGACUAUGAGGAUUACGAUGAGGAAGAAGAGGGACUGCCUUUGACAGAAGAUGACUGCAAGGCGUUGUUCAUGGAAUUGCUAGACGACGUGCACAUCAACCCCUACACCCCAUGGGACAAGAUUCUUGAUGAUGGUAUACUAUACGACGACGAACGCUACAAGGCCCUGCCCAACAUGAAGGCCCGCAAAGAAUGCUUUGGCGAGUGGGCCAAACAAAAAAUGCAAAUCCUCAAGGAACAAAAGGCAAAGCAGCAAAAACAAGACCCAAGGAUACCGUACCUGGCAUUUCUGCAUCAACUUGCCAACCCAAAACUCUACUGGCAAGAGUUCCGUCGAAAGUAUAAGAAAGAGCCGGAGAUGAAAGAUCCCAAGUUUUCAGACAAGGAUAGGGAGAAGUUGUAUCGAGAUCAUAUCAAGAGGCUCGGCCUUACGCAGCAGGAAUUGAAGUCAGACCUCUCUGCCAUGCUGAAGGCGCAGCCACUUGCUGCACUCAACCGUUCUACCACGCUCGCUUCUCUCCCACCAUCAGUUCUAACAGAUCUUCGAUUCAUCUCUCUCCCAGCAUCCACUCGUGACCCUCUUGUAGAGACAUAUAUCUCGAUGCUACCGCCCGCUCCCGAAGGAGCUGCAGAAUCUGCCGAAGAGGAAGCGGAGGUUGCGAAGAAACGAGCCGAAAGGGAGAGGCGAGAGAAAGCUCUCGCGGAGCGCGAAAGGAGAGUUAGGGAGGAAAAAAGAAAGCAAGAGCGCGAGCUGGCGUUUGGUAAGGGUCGACUGCGAGAAGAAGAGAUAGAGAUAGAGCGAGCAAUGAGGGUGGGGAAAGACGGGCUUAGAGGGCAGCUAGAUUCAUUCGAGGACGAUAGACAAGAACGAUAA